UUAUAUAGUUGCACUUGUAUAAUCUUUUAAAUUGACCUUUAUUCUCAAUUCAGAAAAUUAAAUCAUAGUGAGAUCAUGUCAACUCUUGCAGCAACUCUAAAAAAACGUGAAAUUCAAAUAUCUAAAUCAAUUGAUAAACUAUUUGAAUCAAGUAUAGCAAUCAAUACCGAAAUACUUUCCGUUUAUCUAGAGAAGGAAGUUAAUAUCAUAAAUAAAAUCGCUUAUGAAUAUAAGAAUAGAAUGGAUGAACACACAGAUGAAAGACUUAAUUGGUUAAGAAAACUCCAACUUGGAUUGGAUAAAUAUCAAAUGACGGCAUCUACAUUGCUCGAAAAUUUGGAAAAAAAUCAUUCUCAAAAUUUGCGUACAAGAAAGGAUUUCAUGGAGGAUAUGGAACGAAUACAUUCUAUUCAUCAAUCCGAAAUAACCAAAUUAUAUGAAGAAAUUGAUAAGUCAACAGAGCACUUUCAUAAAGUCAUGUCUAUUUCAGUAAAGGAAACUCAAAGAAAAUCAUCAUUUACUACUAGCCAGUUAAAAUCCCUAUUUGAAUUGUAACGCUAAAAAUUAUGUGUAAAAUAACAGUAACAAAAUAAAAUACCAGAAUUAAUGAACUAUUUUAAGAUUAGGAAUUAAGGUAAAUAUAGAAAAAUUGGAGACUAUGACAAAAUGUAUUAAUAUUUGAUACUCUGUAUUGUUGCUGCUGCUGCUAAUCGGAAUGAUUAUAAUCACUAUGUUGGUUGUUAUGUUGAGUUGCAUUGAGGAUGGUAUGACUAUUGAAUUGUUGGAUGAAUUGGAUGUGAAAUUUUAUGGUGGCGAGUUUGACAAAGGAUUUGAUCAAGAUAUGUUAACGACAGGUGAUUAAUAAUAAAUAGAUGGUUUAUAUAUAAAAAAAUUGCGGUAAUAUUAAACUUUAUAUUUCCGUAAUUACAAUUACAAACAGCUGCAGUGUUGUACGAUACACAGAUAAAUAUUGAACAAUAUUGAACGAUUUACUAAAUCAUAUAAUGUUCAAUACCAUAAUUAUAUGCAUUAUAUAUUUAUUUAAUGU